CCUCCAGGUUAGCCAGUGCCCUUAAACACUCAGCCAUCUCUCCAACCCCCAAUAGUGAUUGGUUUUUAAGUGAAUUGUAAAAAUGAAAACUCCACAGAAGAAGGGAGAAUCACUGUGAUAAAGUGUAGUAGGAAGACUUAAUAGAAACCAAGGGGCUUACCUGUAAAGGGUGACUUACCUGUAAACGGCAGGUAGCUGACAUUUACUGAGAAUUUGCCAUGUAAUCUGUUUAUACUUUAGCCAUAUUCAUUCUUUAUGACCCUGAGAGGCAGGCCCUUUAUAUCUACCUUUUAUAAAUAAGGAAAUUGACAUGGAAGGUAGUUGGCUUUCCCUGUAACAUACGUUGAGGAAGUAGAAUCGUGGUUCAAUUUUAUACCUUCCAGUCCUCAAAACCUUUGCUUUUGCCUAUAGUUUGAGAGUUCCCAGCCUGUGUGCUGGACAGCUUCAGUGGCUGACAUGCGACCUCACAGUAAACUGAGCUUUGAGCAGGAAUGACUCAUAAAAACUUGGUGGUCUUCACUUGUGGUGCCAUCAGCCUGAUAAACAAACCCAGAGGGCCACAAAACUCUGCCUGCAAAGUUUCAUCAGGGACUAGUCUCAAAAUGGAUUUAGGAUGAAGGAUGAUUGACUGUCAAUCAAGCAGAGGGCCAAAUGAUCAAACAGGAAUAGAAUUUCAGUACAAAACAAAGCAAAGAUGCUGUAUGUGCUGAUCGAAGCACAGAGGGCCUGGCUGGACAAAGUGCAGAAAGACAAUGAGUUGGCCAAACAAGAGACUAGAAUUAUCUCAGAAGACAGAAAGAGCGUUGAAACUGAACCAUAUGGUCCGGGUGUCCUUAGGCCAUCCCUUGCCAAAGAGCCUGUUUUGUCCCUCUACCCGUGCCAAAUAAAUGACUCUGAGUGGUUUACACUGAGUCCACAGGAGAGAUUGGCUUGGGCAAAAGAAUCCAAAGACCCUAGGAUCUCAGAAGGUCAACGGUCUCCUCUAGAGAAAAAGAUCCUGAGGUUUGGUGGUGUGCAUACAACAGCAGCGAGACACUUGCUAACUCAGAAGUACCAUGAGGAGAGCAAAGCACUCUGCAAGGAGCAAGCUCAUUCUCUUGACUACUGGCUUGCAAAAGCAGAGUCAUAUUAUAAUAAAAGAAUAGUUGACAUGAUGAAAAAAGACAAAGGUGGUGAAACAAAGACAAAAGUGGAAGAGGAGCCACCAGCACCACCACCAGCACCAGCACCACCACCAGCACCAGCACCACCACCACGUACAGAGAAACAGAAGCAACAUUAUUGGGUACCUGAGAGAGAGAAGAAGCAAAUAGAAAGGCACAUCCAUAGAACAGGCCAGGCCAGAGAAUUUAAGGACAAACCCCGGAAACAGACACAACUCCUCAGUGAAAUAACACUACCCAAAAUCAUGCUAGAGAGGCAGAGCAUCCCAAAGGCUCAGAAAAUAAGACAGGCACAUGAGAGAGAACUGCUCCAAAUUAAAGAUCAUCGGGAGCGAAUGAUUCGAGGAAGGGAACUUCUACAACAAAGGCUCAAAGAAAGAACCUUGAGAAAAAGCCUGAGCCAGAAACCACUUCCUGAGAAGCAUGAUCAAGUGAAGAAACAGAGUAAAGAGUUUGAGAGGGUAGUUGCAUACCCACUUUUCCAGCCAUCCAGUACCAGUCGGAUUAAAGUGGAUAUUCUUAUGGAAAAAUCUCAGGACGAAGAGGACUUGAGCACAAUCAUAAGACCCUUUGGAAGGAGAUUCUUAGCUGUACCACCCUUUCUGAGAACGCAAAUAGGAAAAAUAAAGAAUCCAUAAAGUUUCAGAGCUUUGCUGGCAGAA